CUUGUUUUAACCAAUCAAUGGCCGUGAAGUUUGAAAACGCGACGCGUAUCGAGGUUAAAUAUUAAUCAUGAAUUAAACAAAUUAUAUUCGACUGUAAUAUUCGAUACGAAAAACAUCUAUACAACAAUAAUAAUUUUAUAUCUGUGUAACAGUAAAAAACAACGAAUUAUUUGAAAUCAUAACCAAACAUGUCAGAAGAAAAGUUUGAAAGUUCAGUGGAUAAGGCGGAGGAAUCUCAAGCCGAACCUAUGGAGGAUAAAAUCAAAAUAAAAGCAGAAGAUAAGGGUAAACAGAAGCAUAAACCAGAUGAGAGUUUAGAGAAGCCUAAUGGUCGUGCUACUAACAGUGAAACUGGAAAUUGCUAUUGUGGAAAGGAAAGAAAUCUCAACAUAGUAGAACUACUAUGUGCCAGUUGCUCCAGGUGGUUUCACGAAUCAUGCAUUGGAUACCAAUUAGGUAAACUAGUACCAUUUAUGAUGAAUUACAUAUUCAUGUGUAAAAAUUGCUCUCCGACUGGUUUAGAAAGCUUCAAGAAAAAUCAAGCACCCUUCCCACAAAUGUGUGUGACAGCAAUAGCAAAUUUGCUGCAAAUGGCACAGAAAGAGAAUGAAGCAAGGAUUAUUUUUCAUAAGGAUAAAGAUAUCAUUCCAUUCAUUGAAUGUCAUUGGGAUAGCAUGACUACUAUGCCUCGCAGAGUCACCCAAUCUUGGCAUGCUACUAUACACAGGGCUCUGUUGAAAGAUGUUGGAGCAUUAUUCACUAUUGAUGAAAGUAGUUCAGACGGUCAAUUAUUUGGAUUGGUCUCUUCUGAUCUGUUAAUGAUUAAGCCAAACUAUGAAGCCAUGAUUAAAGGAGGUCACUUAAAAGUGACUGAAAUGGGUGUGCAACAUGUUGUGCCUCUUAGUGGAGGACUUCGUGGCCGCAAUGCGAAACGCAAGUUCCCAGGGGAAGGUGCAGGCAGUGGCCCAGGCAAGAAAGGCAGGGGCUCGGACAUGACUGCACCAAAAUUACCUGCACAUGGAUACCCCCUUGAACAUCCAUUCAACAAAGAUGGAUACAGAUACAUCCUUGCAGAGCCUGAUCCACAUGCACCUUUCAGACAGGAAUUUGACGAAAGCAGUGACUGGGCAGGAAAACCAAUUCCUGGAUGGCUGUACAGAGGUCUUAGUCCAAGUACGGUGUUGUUAGCACUGCACGAUAGAGCUCCACAGCUCAGAGUAUCAGAAGAUAGACUGGCAGUCACUGGAGAAAAAGGCUAUUGCAUGGUCAGGGCUACUCAUAAUGUAAGCAGGGGAGCAUGGUACUGGGAAGCUACCAUAGAAGAGAUGCCAGAAGGAUCAGCUACUAGAUUAGGAUGGGGUCAAGAGUAUGCUAAUCUUCAAGCUCCGCUUGGUUAUGAUAAGUUCGGAUAUUCUUGGAGAUCUAGGAAAGGGACGCGAUUUCAUGAAAGUCGAGGUAAACAUUAUAGCCAUGGUUAUGGAGAGGGUGAUACUUUAGGGUUCCUAAUUGUUCUUCCUGACACGCAUGAUGCUUCACACUUACCUAAUACGUAUAAAGAUCGACCUCUAGUGAAGUUCAAAAGCCAUCUCUACUACGAAGAAAAGGACCAAGUACCUGAAGCACUGAAAGCUUUGAAACCUCUAGAAGGCAGCAAAAUUAUAUUUUACAAAAAUGGCAUUAGUCAAGGUGAAGCAUUUCUGGAUGUCAACAAAGGAGCAUAUUAUCCUACAGUCUCUAUCCAUAAAAGUGCUACAGUUUCUGUUAAUUUUGGACCAAAUUUCAAGUGUUCACCUAUAGACGUUACUUUCAGAGGGAUGUUCGACAGAGCAGAGGAGGCAAUAGCGGAACAAUCUCUUGCUGAUGUACUCUAUUUCACAGAGAAUGAGGGAAAGCUAAGACUGGACACUUUUGCUUUAUGACAUUAAUGUAACCUUUUAUUUUCUUUUUUACUCUUGAUUUACAAUUAUGAUUAAAUGUUUUUCACAACACUCAA